UUGUGCUGUUCGACAAUUAAAAAUGGCUGGCAAGGCUCUUUGUUCGAUGAAGUUGAUUCUACCACGUCUUCCGGUCUUUCUUUCUUACCCUUCCGCUACUCUUACAACUCAUGUACAACAGAAUAGUACAGCAUCCAGCCCAGUUCCUACAUCUGGUGUUCCUGUGAAAAAGAAACCAUACUCUCCCUUUCAAGACACAAAUAAUGCUGCAGAAUAUGCACUUGCACGUAUGGAUGAUCUUUUAAACUGGGCUCGAAAGAGCUCUUUGUGGCCUUUAACUUUUGGUUUGGCAUGUUGUGCUGUUGAGAUGAUGCAUAUGGCUGCUCCACGAUAUGAUAUGGAUCGUUUUGGUGUUGUGUUUCGAGCUAGCCCUCGACAAGCUGAUGUGAUCAUUGUGGCAGGAACAUUAUGUAACAAGAUGGCUCCAGCACUGAGAAAGAUCUAUGACCAGAUGCCAGAACCUCGCUGGGUGAUAUCAAUGGGAAGCUGUGCAAACGGAGGAGGGUACUAUCAUUAUUCAUACUCAGUCGUAAGAGGUUGUGACAGAAUUAUCCCAGUAGACAUCUACGUGCCUGGUUGUCCCCCAACAGCAGAGGCUCUUCUGUAUGGAGUACUACAACUACAGAAGAAAGUGAAACGCAUGAAAUCAGUUCAGAUGUGGUAUCGAAAAUAAACAUUUGUCUAUGAUGACAGCCUCAUUUUCUUAUGUUGAAAUAGAUUUAGAUAAUUUAACCUCUUACAGUAUUUGUAAAUAGACCCUGCUAAGUUUAGUAAUCAGGAUGUUUUGUUUCUGUAUCUGUAACAGGAUAUUUGAAUACAUUGAACAAGGUUUCUAAUGUAAAGUGCCAGUGUUGUUCUGGCUGUUUAGUUGUGAAUAAAGUUGUAAGAAAUGCUAUGUGUUGGUAUAAAAGUAACAGAGCUGAAACAUAAAAAAAAAUACAUAAGAGUGUCCAUGUAUGUGUGGAAUCUUACUUUAUGGCAGAAAUGAAUUUUUAAUGGAAGAACAAUAAAAAUAUUUCCUACAAUUA